AUGCCUCAAAUUCAUGGAGGGACUCACGCAGCAAUAAUAUUAUCCCUCAUUGUGGCUUUCUAUCCAUGGCUGCACAACAUCAAGAGGUCUAAACGGAAACGAGCAAUAGCCAAAUGUUUGGCAGACUUAAUAGGCGAUACACCUCUUCUCAAAAUACGCUCACUAUCCGAAGCUACAGGCUGUGAGAUUUACGCAAAAAUGGAACUAUGCAACCCAGGGGGCUCAGCCAAAGAUAGAGUCGCUUUGGCAAUUAUAAAGGAUUUUGAAGAUCGAAACUUGAUUACACCCAACAGGGGCGACGUCAUUUUCGAAGGGACAUCGGGGUCUACGGGCAUUUCAAUAGCUAUGCUUUGUAAAUCCUUGGGCUACACAGCGCAUAUAUGCUUACCUGAUGACACAUCGGAUGAGAAAGUAAAUCUCCUACGAAUGUAUGGAGCUGUUAUUGAAAAAGUGAAACCGGCAUCAAUUGUUGAUCCAAAUCAAUAUGUAAAUGCAGCAAAAAGUGGAGCCGAUAGAAUAGCUAGUGAUCCCAGUUCCAGUAAUAACGCUGUAUUUGCAAAUCAAUUCGAGAAUGAAUGCAACUGGAAAGUUCACUAUGAAACGACCGCAAAAGAGAUAUGGGAGCAAACUGAAGGAAAGCUAGAUUUUUUUGUUUCAGGGGCAGGGACGGGUGGCACGAUUGCAGGUUGUUCAAUAUUUUUCAAACAAAAAAAUAACUCAAUAAAGACAAUUCUAGCAGAUCCCCAAGGGUCUGGCCUUUUCAACAGAGUUCAGUAUGGUAUCAUGUAUGACACCGUCGAGAAAGAAGGAACCAGAAGAAGGCACCAAGUUGACACUCUAGUGGAAGGGAUUGGACUAAACAGAAUUACCAAGAAUUUCUCACAGGGGGAAUCCUAUAUCGAUGCGGCCGAGAAGGUCAGCGACAAACAAGCGAUUUUGAUGGCUCGCUAUCUCAACGAGAAUGAGGGCCUUUUUUUGGGAUCGAGUUCUUGCGUGAAUGCAGUAGCUGCGGCAAGAAUAGCUUUUACGAAGGCUAAAAAAGGGGAUACCAUUGUUUUUGUUGCCUGUGACUCAGGAAGCAGACAUCUAUCUAAAUUUUGGAAAGAGGCUCUUAAAUACGACCCUCCUUCAGACCUGAGGGAUAUUAUUAACAUUUGA